AUGAGCAAACCCCCAGUAUUACCGACCCCCCCUGCAUCCUCCACCUCCACCUCCACCUCCAGCUCCCCAUCCCCCCCAAACGCUCAGGAGACCUCCGACCCAAUAUCGCGCCUCGACGCCCUCCUAGAGAUCUACCUCGACCGUCUCGAUACAUAUCAGACGUUACGGGCAGAACUCUCCCAGACCUUCUCCGCCGGCUUCCUCUCCUUGGCCCCGCCGUUACGGCGAGGAGGGAUACGAUGCGCGCAUGAAAGCAGGGAGGAGGGUGAGGAUCCAAACGAAGGCCAAGGCCGACGACGGUCGCACUCCAGCGGAGGCACGAUACGCUACACCACCACCGAACAACUCAUCCCAGCCGGUGAGGACCCGGAUGACACCACACCGCACAGUCCAGUCCCCAGCGAGAUGACAGCGCAAGCUUUGAUUUCUCCUCGUGAUGAAAAGCCGUCGUCGACUCGAACCGCCGAUCCCAACACGAACACCAGGCUCCCUCGAACCUCACCAUCCUCCCUCUCCCCAACCCAGCCUCCAGACCAUACCACAAACCCGCACCCUAGGUCCAAGUCUAAGUCCAAGAAACCCCCCAACCCGCUAAACUGGUACGGCGUCCUCGUGCCGGCAUCCCUCCGCGCCGCCCAAACAUCCUUCGCAUGCGCCGUCGGAGGGCCCAUCCCGCACCUCCUCAACAUCCAGCUGGAGAUGACGGAUUUAGAGUCCCGGAUCCGGAAAUUGAGGGCCGAAGCCGGGCUCACCCGCUUGACGGGUCAGGACGAUGCAGAUGACAGAUGGAAUGCGGAUGCCGAGAGAUAG